AUGUGCUUUGUCUUUCCUUCUUAACCCCACCACUUUCGCUCUUGUUCUCUUUUCAGGAAAGAAAAAAACAAAUAAAUAAACCAUUUAACAGUAUGUUCAUUCUCCUCAAUUCUUUAAUCUCUUUCCCUCUUCACUUCAGUUACUGGAUCACUACAAUCUAGAACACUAUUACAUGUUCUAAGUCCACAAGAACCGAUUUUUUUCUCUAAGAGUUGCCAUGAAUCCAUAUGUAGAAGACUGAUAAAUUAUUCAAAGAAAGAUAAUGAAGGUGCAUACUUCUAGCAAGCUUAGGAAAGAAUUUAUUAAGAAAUGGGUGAAGGGUCUUCAAAUAUGUUGUUCAUUAAAAAAGAAUAUGGAUAUAUUGGAGAGAAAGAAGAAAAUAAAGCUUUGUGCAGACAUUGCUUUGGCUUCUACCAAAAAUGAAACAACUCUAUGGAGCAUUGCUCUAAUUUCCGACGCUAAAAAGGACGAUGAAAACAAGAUUCUAGUCGAUAACUUAUUAGGUCCCGAGUCGCGGUUCAAGCCACGAAUGACCAACCGCCAAAUGAUUGCUUGCCAUAAAAGGGUUAGAAGCAAGAAAAUUUUGAAAAAGAGUCGUCAUGUUUGCCAAAAAAUGAAGAAGAUGGGUCCUCCAAAGUCGAAUUUGGCAGCUUAUAUUGCAAAAACACUUGUUAAAAGGAGAACACAAGUGCUUAAAAGACUUGUUCCUGGUGGAGAAUCCAUGGAUGAAUUCUCCCUCAUCAAAGAAGCUUUAGAUUAUGUCCUUUCACUUAGGAUACAAGUUGAUGUGAUGAGAACACUCGCGAAUGCAAAUGAGGUUUUGAAUCAAAGCGAUUCAAAGAUAAUUGAUUAAUAUAUGCCGUUGGUAAUACUUUUUUGUUUAGUAGUGUGUCUCAAAACCAACAACAUGAAGAAACAAAAUUUAACUAGCUAGGAUCGACUCGAAUUCUCGGAUGAAACCAUGCAAGUACAGGAUUUCAAUCUUGCAUCUCUUAUUGUCAAAAAUCAUGACAACCAUAUGGAUUUCAAAAGAUGAAUGUUUUUAGGCUUGAAAUCAUUUUUCCAGUUUAAGAAAAUAAAAGUUUUUACUGGUUGAGUCAA